UCGUGACUUGUCAAAAACAAAACAAAAAGCUUAUCACACGAAGGUCGCACUCAGUUUGUGGUGGAAAAUCCGGGUUUGUGCAGUAAAUUUUUCGAUCCUAGUCCAAGUGAAGCGAGUUCCGCCAGACCCAGCAGCAUCGCGAUGGAACCGCCGGCAUUUCAUCCGUGCGACGAGGCCGUCAUCUCGACGAACGACGAUGCCAGCAAUUGCAAGCGUUCGGCUGUCAAACUUGGCUAUUGGAAGGACGAUUUUCUGAGCUACUUCGUCCGCAGCCCGGACCGCAAGGCGCCGGAAAUAAACCGAGGCUACUACGCGCGGGUCAAAGGGAUCGAGAUGUGCAUCGAGAAAUUUUUCAAGAAAACAGGUGACAAAUGCCAAAUCAUAAAUCUUGGAUGUGGCUUCGACACAUUAUACUGGAGACUUCGCGAAUCCGGCCACAUGAUUUCCAAUUUUGUCGAGAUGGACUUCCCAACUGUUACAGCAAAGAAGUGCUACAUGAUCAAACGAAAUAAGAUACUUUUGGAUAAAAUCCACGUCGAAGAUGGAGAAGUGCGUCUGAGCUCGACCGAUUUGCACUCAACCAAUUACCACAUAGUUGGAGUGGAUUUACGAAACAUCGACGAAGUGGCCAUCAAAUUGCAACAAUCCGAAGUAGAUUUCACCAUCCCGACAAUCUUCUUGGCCGAAUGCGUGCUGGUGUACAUUGAGCUACAAAAUAGCAACAACCUUCUGAAGUGGUUUGCUUCCAACUUCAAAUCGGCGGCGUUCGUCAACUACGAGCAGGUCAACAUGAACGACCGGUUCGGUGAGGUCAUGCUGAACAACCUGAGGCAACGCGGUUGUAGUUUGGCGGGCGUGGAGGCCUGCGUGUCUUUGGAUACACAGAUUUCGAGAUUCUUAAGCUGCAACUGGCACGGUGCUCGGGCGUGGGAUAUGGUGCAAAUCUACCACAGCAUACCGGCCGGUGAGCGGGUGCGCAUUGAACGUCUCGAAAUGCUGGACGAAGCAGAGCUGCUGAUGCAGCUGUUCCAGCACUACUGCAUCUCGGUGGCCUGGAUCGGUGAGCUGUUCCAGGAUAUCGAAAUCACCGUUGAGAAACGACUUUCAUCCUUGAACAUUGACUAAAUCAAUCGAGAGGGCGGCAUCUUUUGCUGCCACACCAUUCGUCGUACUGGCGGACGUUAAUUUUUUUUUGCGCACAUGGCACUUUCUUGUUUAGUUUUGUUUUGCGUUAGUGCAGUAGUCUAAGAGAAAAAUGCAAAAGUCAUAAAGACUUGCUCGCGUUAAAUGUGACAAUUUUCCAAAAUUCAAAAAGUUUUAUUUAUUCAAUCAUCGUUACCUAUUCUAAUGUCGAAUGUUCCUUUUUCUUAAUUUUUCCUAAGAGUCAAAAUUAUCAAGAUCAAAAUAGAAUCCAAAUGUUCAACUCAAAGCUAUUUAUCAACGUAGAAAGAUGUUCUAGCGGAAGCAAAUCAAAUAUAUAAUAUUUACGGUCAUUACAACAUUAUGAUGAGGCAAGCCAAACGAGCAGCAGUAUGAUAAGUACAGUACUAUAAUAUUAGCUCACAAACUUCGAAAAUUUUCCGAUUGUAGAUAGAUUUAACAAAUUUUGUCGGUCGUACAUUCAAAUUCGUCGGAGAUUAGCAAAGUGUAUUACUCGCACGAUUCAAACUUUCAUUCACCCAUAUCGUUGUCUCACUUGGAAGAACCCAUCUGUGUGGAUAUGUUAUUUGAGUUUUACAUUUCACGUCACGUCAUCUCGAUCGUAGCCUGUCAAAAGACAGGAGUACUGAAGAAAAAAAUUAUAAUGCAAUUGACAUUUCUGGUGUAUUGUUCGUAUAUCUUUCAGGUAGAAUUUUGUUGCUAUAAUCGUAAGUGAUGAAAAAUAAAACCUUGGACUGAAAA